AUGCCAAUCGUAUACACACCCACAGUCGGACUCGCGUGCCAGAAAUUCGGUGCCAUUUAUCGUCAUCCGAAGGGUGUUUACAUCACAAUACAUGACAACAGUAUCAGCAAAAUUCAUCAGAUCUUAAGCAACUGGAGAGAACCUAAAGUUAAGUGUAUUGUGGUCACUGAUGGAGAGCGUAUCUUGGGACUUGGAGAUCUAGGAGCACAAGGAAUGGGUAUACCAGUUGGAAAACUUUCGCUGUAUGUAGCCUUGGCUGGCAUUCGUCCCGAAUUUUGUCUACCAGUCGUCCUUGACGUUGGAACCAACAACCAGAAAUACCUCGAAGAUCCGCUGUACAUUGGUCUCCGACGCAAACGUGUACGUGGCGAGGAGUAUGAUCGACUUGUCGAUAAUUUCAUGAAAGCCGUUACGAAAAAUUUGAAGAUUUCGCGUUUCCCAAAUGCGUUCAAGUUUUUGGACAAAUAUCGCGAAGAUUACUGCACCUUUAAUGAUGAUAUUCAAGGAACGGCUGCUGUGAUAGUCGCUGGUCUGCUCGCAACUACAAGGAUUACCAAGAAGAAGCUCUGCGAACAGAAGUUCCUUUUCCACGGAGCUGGAGCGGCCGGUUUGGGUAUCGCUGAAUUGAUGGUCAUGCAAAUGCUUUCCGAGGGUGCCAGCAAAGAAUCAGCAUGUAAUAAUAUUUAUAUGAUUGAUAUCGAUGGCUUGGUUACGAAGAAAAGGGCACAAAACAUGACCGAACGCCAUCGUCUCUUCGCUAAAGACUUACCUGAAUCGAAAAAUCUUCUGGAAAUUGUGAAAACCGUCAAACCAAACGGAAUAAUUGGGGUGUCAACACAGGGAGGUGCGUUCACCGAUGAGAUCAUCAAGGAGAUGGGCAAUCUGAACGAACGCCCGAUCAUAUUCCCACUGUCCAAUCCAACAUCGAAAGCUGAAUGCACAGCUGAAGCUGCAAUCAAAGGCACCGACGUAGGCAACAACUCAUACAUCUUCCCCGGUGUUGGCCUGGGCGCGGUUCUAUGGAGAACUAAGAAAAUUCCCGACAUGGCAUUCCUGAUUGCAGCCAGGACAUGUGCAAGUAUGGUCACGGACAAAUCACUCGAGAAGUAUGUCAGGCUGUACCCGAGACUCAAAGAGAUUCGAGAACUAUCCGUGAAAAUUGCCGUCAAU